AUCAAUCUAAUAUAAUACAAAAUUAAUUAUAAAGAUAAAUUCGUUAAAAGUGCUACAAAAAAUGUACUAUAACAAUAAGGCAGUAAAGCAAUAAUUUCAAUUUAUAAAAUAGAGAGAAUAUAAUAAAUAGUGCGCAGCUGAGAGGAUAGCAAAUGGGAGUAAUUUAACUAAUCAAAAGUGCAUUCAACUAAAAAUUAUCUACGUAUUCAGUGCUAAAAGAGAGUGCACUAAACUUGAGGUGAAAAUUUUUCAACUCUAUAACAAUCAAUUACAAAAUGUGGCACAAAGUAAAGCAUAUUAAAAUUAUCUGUCACGUGAAUAUAACCUAAAGUGCAAAAUAUGAAUAGUAAUUUACAAACCAAAUAUUAUAAUUAUGUUAAAAGAAAUAAAUAAAUGAGAAUUAUACAAAAAUUGGGUCUCAAUUUGCCCAACACAAAUGUAAAAUAAUUUUGUGCGUGCAAAAACAAUUCUUUUGGAAAUCAUUUCAAAAAGAUAAUCAACUUGGAAGUGAACGCGGAAUAUCUUAUAUAUACGAAGAUGGACGACGAGAGCGAUGACAAGGAUGAUACGAAAAGUCUUCUUUGCAGAAAAUCUCGCAACCUGAGCGAAAAGAAGCGUCGGGAUCAGUUUAAUUCCCUGGUGAAUGAUUUAAGUGCUUUGAUAUCGACGUCCAAUCGAAAGAUGGAUAAAUCCACAGUGCUAAAGUCAACCAUAGCAUUUCUGAAGAAUCACAAUGAGGCAACGGAUCGUUCAAAGGUUUUUGAGAUACAACAAGACUGGAAGCCCACAUUUCUAACGAAUGAUGAGUUUACGCAUUUAAUGCUGGAAUCUUUGGAUGGCUUUAUGAUUGUUUUCAGCAGUUUGGGCUCCAUUUUCUAUGCAUCCGAAAGUAUUACCUCACAGCUGGGUUAUUUGCCGCAUGAUCUGUACAACAUGAGUAUCUAUGACCUGGCCUACGAAAUGGAUCACGAGGCAUUGCUCAACAUCUUCCUCAAUCCAACGCCUGUGAUCGAACCUCGUCAGACGGACAUUAAUGCCAGCAAUCAGAUCACAUUCUUUACGCAUCUCAAACGAGGGGGAAUUGAGAAAGUGGAUGCCAAUUCCUUUGAGCUAGUUAAAUUUGUGGGUUACUUUCGCAAUGAUGCGAAUACCCAAGCGGGAUCCAGUUCGGAUAGCCAGAGCAGCAGUCAGAAUCAGAACUUGCCUCGCAUCUUCCAGAUGAAUCCCAAUGUGGAGGUGGACAGGAAACUGGUGUUUGUGGGCACUGGACGCAUCCAGACGCCUCAGUUGAUACGGGAGAUGAGCAUCAUUGAUCCGACAUGCAAUGAGUUCACCUCGAAGCAUAGCAUGGAAUGGAAGUUUCUCUUUCUGGACCAUCGAGCUCCUCCUAUCAUUGGAUAUAUGCCCUUCGAGGUGCUCGGCACUUCCGGCUAUGAUUAUUAUCACUUUGAUGACCUGGAUAGCAUUGUGGCCUGCCACGAGGAAUUGCGGCAGACGGGAGAGGGAAAGUCCUGCUAUUAUCGUUUCCUGACAAAGGGUCAACAAUGGAUCUGGCUGCAGACGGACUACUAUGUGAGCUAUCAUCAGUUUAAUUCCAAGCCCGACUAUGUGGUGUGCACACACAAGGUCGUCAGCUAUGCCGAGGUCAUCAAGCAGAGCAACAAGGAGCGAGAAAAGUCGAGCAAGGGACUUGGACUCACCCCCAAUUCUAGUAGCAAUUCAAAUAGUAAAUGCGCCUCGGCCACCACAACAUUGCGUGACUUUGAGCUGAAUAAUCAGAAUCUGGAUAGUCCUGAUUUGCUGGAUAAUUCCUUGGCCAAUCUCAGCAAUGAGGGGACAACAACAACAACAAUAACAACAGCUGCAGCUGCAACAUCACCAGCCAUCGACUCAUCGCCCAUGUGGUCCGCUACAGCGGCAUCUGCGUCCAGUUCUUGCCCCAUCAAUCCUCUCAAAACCUCAAGACCUCCCUCCAGCUAUGGCAACAUCAGCUCAACGGGCAUCUCGCCCAAAGCCAAGCGGAAAUGUUACUUCUACAGCAAUCGCGUCAAUGAGUCCGAUUCCACAUCCAUGUCUGCUGAAUCCGUCACCAGCAGACAGUCCAUGAUGACGCACGUCAGUUCGCAAAGUCAACGCCAGCGCUCGCAUCAUCAUCAUGGGCGGGAGCACAGUCAGCAUCACCAUCUACAGCAGCAGCAGCAACAUCAGCAACAGCAACAGCAGCAUCACCAACAUCAGCAGCAGCAGCAGCACCAACAUCCGCUUGCCCAUCAUCACUUGCAGCUGCAACAGGCGGCGGCAACACCAAAAUUGUUGCCGAUAUUGCCGCUGGCGCCGGCACAGAUUGUCACGAGCAAUGCCUGUCAGUUUCCGCAAACGAAUUAUCCGCUGUCAAGUCCGCAGCUCGUGGCACCUGGCGGAUUUCUGGAGCCUGCACAAUAUUUAACGGCAAUAUCGAUGCAGCCAGUGAUGGCGCCAUUUCCAGUUGCUCCCGUGCUGUCGCCAUUGCCGUUGCCACAGCAGCAACCAGAGCUGUUACCAGGAGCGGUGGUGAUGACGCCAACACAAACUCAGCUGCAGGAGCAACUGCAGCGUAAGCACGAUGAAUUGCAGAAGCUGAUUAUGCAGCAACAGGAUGAACUGCGAAUUGUCUCCGAGCAACUGUUGCUGUCGCGCUACACGUACCUGCAACCCAUGGUGCCAAUGGGCUUUGCUGCUGCUGCUGCUGCCGGCAGCACUGUGCAACGCAACUUCAACUUUGGUGGCAGCAAUGCCGUCGAGCCGCAGUUUAAUCAAUAUGGUUUUGCUUUGAACUCGGAGCAGAUGUUGAAUCAGCAGGAUCAACAGAUGAUGAUGCAGCAGCAACAGAAUCUGCAUAGUCAGCAGCAACACAAUCACCUGCAGCAGCAAACGAACCAGCAACACUUGCAGCUGCCACAGAGUCAGCAACAGUUGCAGCUACAGCAGCAACAGCAGCAACAGCAGCAGCAGCAGCAACAGUCGAGCAACAUGUUGUCGCGGGAGGAUAUGGAGGAUAUUGAUGCAUUUCUUAAUCUGUCGCCUUUGCAGCAUCUCAACAACAGCAACAGCAACACCAACAACAACAACAGCAGCAGUCAGAAUAACAACAAUCACAACAACAACAGCAACAGUAACAACAACAGCAACAGUAAUAACAACAACAACAACAACAACAGCAACUCAAAUGUGCAGAAUACUAAUGAGGAUUCAUUGCUUUCCUAUAUGCAAAUGGCAACUGAAUCGAGUCCUUCCCUCAAUUUUCACAUGGGGAUCAGUGACGAUGGCUCCGAGACGCACAGUGAGGACAAUAAAAUGAUGCACACUUCCAGUCAAUUGCAUCAGCAACAGCAGCAGCAGCAGCAGCAGCAGCAACAAUUAUUGCAGCAACAACAACAGCAGCAGCAAUUGCAACAACAAUUGCAGCAACAACAACAGCCAACAAACAGCUUUUUUAGCGGCAAUCCAUUUCAAUCUCUUAGCUCCAAUCAAAAUCAAAAUCAGUUGCCAAAUGAUCUUGAGAUAUUGCCAUAUCAAAUGUCGGCGGAUCAAUCGGAGAAUCUGUUCAGUCAAUAGUAUAUGGCUGGGUUGGGGGCGUGGCAUACGUCUUGAUAUCCAAAUUGCUUUAAACCAGGGAUCGCAAU